GGCAGAACGUCACUCCCUCUCCUGCAGCCGCCUCGGCUUCCUCGCCCCUCCCCACCCCCCACCGCCUCCCACUGCCCGUGGCCCUCCAACCUGCCUCCCGCUUCGGGUCUCAGGCAGCCGUCUACCCGUCCCCAGAGCGUGCUAGGCCAGCCCUGGACGCCGGGGCAGCGCGCGCCUAGCCAGCUCCACCUGGGCACGCCCAGGGGCCCCAGCAGGCUCUCCAGGUAUCCUGCUGCUUGGUGCUGGUGACGCAGAGACAAAAACAAAACAGUCCUGCUGGAUCAAAGCAGCACACAGAAUUCGUGUACUUUCAGAGAUGGAAGAGACUUCAGUGGUCCUCUGACCCACAUCUACCUGAAAAGAGCCCCUGCUACAACACAAAUGGUUAGCUGUCCUCCCUGCUUGAAGGCCUCCAGUGAAGGAGCAACCUACUACCUUCUAAGAAAACUCCCACCAGUAGUGUGUUUGAAGAAAGGAUGCUGCUGAAGAAGUGAAAGAAAUCCCAGGAACCAGGAUUUUUUUAAAAAAAUGUCCAAUUCAGAACUAUCUGAAAACCAAGAAAAUCCAGUAACAGCACGUUUAUCUCCUGAAAAAGAAAAGGAUAAAAGUGUUACUGACUUAGAAGGAAAAAACCUUGAGGAAAAUCCUGAAGAUGAUGCUGACAAAAAGACCCCACCACAGCUAGAAAGCCAUUCUGGUAUUACAGUGACUCCUAAAACUUCUGAUCUAAAUGAAAAAGAUGUUCUUAGAGGAUCUCAAGGAGAUGUUGACAACAAAGACAUUGACAACAAAGACAUUGACAGCAAAGAUAUUGUCAACAAAGACACUGACAACAAAGAUAUUGACAAAGACACUGACAACAAAGACAUUGACAACAAAGACACUGACAAUACACAGGCAGCAACAGUUGAGGAAUUACCAAUUGAUAAGCCAGAGGAAGUGAUUACUUCCCUACCGGAUGAAGAAGCAAGGUAUGUUAUGGGUGAUGAUUAUAGUGAGGAGGAAGAAGGAGAAAAAGAAGAGGAGGAGGAGGGUGAGGAGGAAGAGAAAACAAUAAUAGAGGUUAGUCCACAAACUUCUGAAGACUAUAAUAAAAAAGGCUUAGUGUUUGAGAGCUACAUGGAAGAUGAAAACUUCAGAGUUAAGCUGAAUUCCAAGAAUUUGCAUAAAUUUCCUAAAGGCCUUUUUAAAACUCAGGAUGUAAAAUAUCUCUAUUUAGAGAAAAACAAAAUAAAAACUUUUCGAGUCGAGCCAAACAUGGCAGGUCUUGAAGUAUUGUCCAUGAAAGAAAAUGAAUUAAUGGCACUACCACCAGAAAUUAAGUUGCUCUGUAAUCUAAGUGUGUUAAAUGUCAGCCACAACCACAUAGCCUCCCUCCCAGCAGAAAUAUCACAGCUUGUCGGGCUAAGGCAACUUUUCUUGGAUAAUAAUAAUUUUUUGGAAUUUCCUACAAUGCUAGGAGGUCUUGAAAAGUUGGAAUUUUUAAGCUUGUCUGGAAAUAGCCUAAAAGUUCUACCAGAAAUGAUGGCCAAUAUGAAAAAUUUAAAAGUCCUUAAUCUCAGCUCAAAUCAGUUUUCAAUAUUUCCCAACAUCCUUUGCUACCUUCUAAAGUUAAAUAAGCUAAGUGUUUCAAAAAAUCUCAUAAGCAGUUUGCCAAAAGAAAUCAGACAGCUAAAGAAUUUGGAAGAACUUUUCCUGGACCACAAUAAACUGACAUUUUUACCUGUGCAAAUCUUUAGGUUGCUGAAACUAAAAAGGCUCCAUCUGGUUGAUAAUAAACUGGAAUCUAUUUCCCACAACAUUGAGAACUUCAAAGAACUCAAGGUUCUCCAACUUGACAAAAAUUUAUUGAAACAGCUAAGUACAGAAAUUUACUCCUGUGCUAAGCUAGAAUAUCUUAGCCUUAGUGACAAUGACUUAGAAGUAAUUCCCAGUAACAUUCACAGACUCAAAAACCUGAGAGCACUCUACAUCAAUCGAAAUAAAAUGGUGGUUUUAAAUGAAGGCAUCUCCCAUCUGAAAUAUCUCAAGGUGUUAGAAUUUUCUGGAAAUUCAAUCGAAGACAUUCCGAUUGAAAUCAAAAAUUGCCAUCAGAUAAGGAAAGUGGACUUGAGCUUUAAUAAACUAUAUGAUUUCCCAGUAGGCCUUUGUGCUUUGCACUUUCUUGAGCAUUUGAACCUUAAUGGAAAUAGGCUUUCAGAAAUACCUGUUGACCUCUCAUUUAGUAGACAACUAAUUCAUUUAGAAUUAAAGCAAAACAAUUUAUCCUCCUUUUCUGACUACAUAUGUAGACUUAUAAACCUCAAUUACUUAAAUCUUAGUAAGAACAAAAUAUCUCAAAUUCCACCAUCUAUCUCCAAUAUGAUUUCUCUCCGGGUACUUAUUUUAAGUGGCAAUAUAUUUGAAAAUUUCCCUAAAGAACUAUGCACUUUAGACAACCUACAGACACUUGAUCUUUCUGAAAACCAAAUACAGUAUGUCCCUUCUGAAAUCAGUAAUCUACAGGUGAUCCAAAACUUGGACUUAUCAAGCAACAGAUUGGGAUGUUUUCCAAUUGAAUUGUGUCAGCUCUCUACCCUGAAGGAGUUGAAGCUAUGCCAAAAGAAUGGGUGGAAGUUAACCCAAGUUCCAGAUGAAUUGUCUAAUUUGACUCAGCUUGAAAGCCUUGAUAUUUCACAUAACUCUAUAAAAGAACUUCCAAAGAACAUAGGAGAAUUAAAAAGUUUGGUCACUCUCAACGCCAAUAACAACUUGAUAAAUGUUCUUCCACUGUCUUUUGAAUCUUUAAACAAGCUCCAGCAUCUGGACAUGAGUGGAAAUCAUCUGACAACAUUGCCUAAUAGUCUCAAUAAUCUUUCUUCACUGAGGGAAAUAAAUUUUGAUGACAAUCCUUUGAUUAAACCUCCACCUGAAGUCUGUAAAGGGAAGGCAUUAAAUGUUAUUGGACAUUAUCUACAGAAAGCUGAAGACAGAGACGAGAAAAUUUUGCAGAAGUUGUUCAGGAUAGUUUCUCGCAAUCUGUCUGGAGUGCACUUUGAGUUCUUCUGCCAAAAGCUACAAUUGAAGAAGCCAGUGAUUGAAGUUCUCAUGAAGAGGAUUGGUACUAAGGAAGAAGCAAUUCUUGAGGCACUCAACAUAUGGAGAGUGGAAAAGGAUCCACCGCUAAAUCCUGCUGUAUUGCAAGACCAACUUAUAAGAAUAAUAACUAUAACAGGGAUACAAGAACUGGUUGAUAAAGUCACAGCUCUAAAGCUUUGUACCAAGUUAUUCAAAUUAUAAAUACUCAACAGAAAUAAAAUGAAACCUUAUG